AUGGGUUCAGGAAUGGCUAAAUAUGGUAUUACAUAUAAAGGUAGUUUAGAUGAUUAAGGUAAUAAAAAUGGAAUAGGGCUUAUAGAAUUUCCCAAUGGUGAUAAAUAUGAAGGAUAGUUUAAAAAUGAUAAAAGGGAAGGUAAAGGAAAGUUAAUAUUUAAAAGUGGAGAUAUUUAUGAGGGAGAAUUUAGAGAUGAUAAAAGAAAUGGGUUCGGUAUUUAUUUUUUUAAGAAUGGUGAUAGGUACGAAGGACAAUAUGUAAAUGAUAAAAGAAAUGGGUUAGGGAAGAUUUUUUUUAAAAAUGGGAAUUGGUAUGAAGGGGAAAUUAAGGAUGGAUAAAGAGAUGGGAGAGGUGUUUUUCAUUUUAUUAAUGGUGAUAGAUAUGAAGGAGAAUAUAAAAAUAAUAAAAGGGAAAAAUUCGGGACUACUUAUUUUGCAAACGGAGAUAAAUAUGUAGGAGAUCAUUUUCAAAGUAAAAGAACUGGGAAAGGUAUUUUAUAUUAUAAUAAUGGCGAUAGAUAUUAAGGGGAUUUUAUUGAUGGAGAAAUAAAAGGAAACGGGAUUAUGUUUUAUGCUAACGGUUAAUAAAAAUAUUUUGAUAAUUGA